AGCAACCACCAAGGAGAGCUGAGAAGGAUGUUCUUCGCCGUCGGUCUCCUUUUUCUGCUGACAUUUGUGAAAGAUCUGGACGCUCGCCCUGAAAAAUGUGCCAGCCCCUUCGUCUAUGAGAACGCGGUGUUUUUCGGCUGUACGACCCUGGGCGGUACCGAGCCGUGGUGUGCCCUGACACCAAUCUACCAGACAGGGCGGUGGAAGUACUGCGAUGAUGAUGACAUUCUCGACGAGCGCUCCAAUACUAAAUAUCUAACAAAAGAUUGCGGCAGAAGGGGGUGCUGCUCCUUCCCGUUCGAGUACGGAGGGAAACUGUUCGACGGGUGUAAGAAGACGUUCGGCCUGCGCCCAUGGUGCUCACUGGACAGGAUCUACAAGGGUAGCUGGAAGUACUGCACAGCCAAAGACAAUCAAAUGGCGGAGGACUACCAGAGAGAGAAAGCAGCGAAGGAGAUGCAGAUUCAGCGGGGAGGACAGAAGGCUCUGGAGCAGAAGGAGACGGAAAAGGAAGAUGGACAAGAAGAGGAUACCGGUGUCCUUAAAGAGAUACCGACACUUGGAGGGACUGCCAACGGUGCUAAGUGCGCAUUGCCGUUCACCUACUACGGUCGCACCUACAACAACUGUACCACGUUCCGGGCCAAGCAACCGUGGUGCUCAACAACGGAGAAGUACAGUGGGCAAUGGGGACUGUGUGUCUUCAUUACUGAGGAGCAAAAAGCGAAGGUGGUGUACACGGCAGGGGGUACGGUGAUACAGGGGAGCCGCUGCCACUUCCCAUUCCUGUACCGCGGUCAGGUCUACACGGACUGUACCACCACCUUGCACGGCACGCCGUGGUGCUCUACGGACGAGAAGUACCAGGGGCGCUGGGGGGAGUGUGUGCCCGAUGUGGACAACAUUGUGCACAACAGUGUGGCUGAGUCAUCGGCGGUAGCAGAAGAAACCCAGGAGUGCGUCAUCCCGUUCAGUUACAACGGCGUGGUGUACUACGGGUGCACUACGCUGAACUCGGACUACGCGUGGUGCUCUCUCACGGAGGAGUACUUUGGCCAGUGGAAGAUGUGCACCGGAGAGGACCUCAAAUCUCAGCAGCGUGAAAUGACUCCAGAGCCGACGACAACACUUCCUGAUACCACCAUCCCAACCACGGCACAGCCCGAAACGGACUCUCCAAAAAAUUUCAAGGCGAAAGUGAUUUCAACGUAUGGGGGAACAGCACGACAGGCUCCGUGUGCCUUGCCGUUUUUGUACAAAGGGAAGACUUACCACAGUUGUACCAAAGACAACUACGGUACUCUGUGGUGCUCCACCACGCAACAAUACCGAGGUAGCUGGGGGAAUUGUUUGCUGCCAGUCAAGAAGACAGUCUUCACCACUGGCGGCUCUGCUGGCGGCGCCCCCUGCGCACUGCCUUUUGUCUACAAGGGCAAAAUGUACACUAGCUGCACUUCUGACCACUGGUCCCAGCCGUGGUGCUCAACAACCACCCACUACCGUGGUAUGUGGGGACGAUGCCUACCAGAAUCCACCACACAGCCACCUACACACAGCAAAACAACACCCUCUCCAUUGACAGAUGAUGAAGAAACCACGACGAAGGCGACUCCAACCGACCGCCUGCUUGCCUCAGUCCCCGUCAAAAGCACAAAGCAUUGCAAGCAAGCGUGUGAAAACUACCAGCAGGAACGGUGCGACUAUGUGAACGUCGGUCCGAGGAAGCGAGUUGGUGGGACCGUCAUGUGUGAGCUCUGGGCCGGCAGGGCGAAGAAACGCGUGGGCUUCACCAUGCACAGGGUCAGGUAUUGAAUAUGGGAUGGUGAUUGGAAUAAGUGGGUACAUAGUUUCAAGUGCGCAUGUGCGCACAUUUUAGCUGACAUGUCAAAGGUUAAGGCCCCUGAUGAGAUAUAAUCAACACACGUCUGGAAAUGUAUAAAGCAUGGUCUAAACAUGAACUAUUUACAAGUUAAUGACCUUCACCUUUGACAUGUUACCCACAAUGCAUCGCACCGUGCAUGCCCACUUGGAAGCAUGGACGCGCUUAUCGGUGUAUGAUCUGAGAAAAGCUGUCUCUGGUCGCAUAAAUCAUACCCAUACUCAGAAUUCCUGUAGGCUAUCCACGUGGCCUUUAAUUGUUUCAACGGUGCCAUAUUUGUGCGUCCCCUAAAAGUCGACAACAUUGAUGCAUAUGUAUCUGUCGCAGCUACAGGAUUAAAAAAAAUGAG